UUCUUGAACAAUGACCACAUACACGCGUUUUGCUUAAAAGCAGGCUGAGAACAUCAUAAUUACAUUUUGCACUGCUCUCAAACACUGACUUGUAGGCUCCUUUUUAGUAAUCGAAUAUCCGAAAAGGCGGAGAUUUUCAAAAGCAAACUUGGGUCCAAUCAUGCGAAGAGCAAAGAACUGUGGUGUUUUCUUCUUGUUUUACAUUUUGACGGUCAUCCCGAGCUGUUUUUCAGUCGUAACCAACCCAUUGUCGCCUUCAGAGGGGAAUUUUGGACAACAGCUCUUUUCAAAGACCGAGUACUAUCAUCUUAGUGUCCCUCAUAUUGGCAUAUUCACGGUAAGGGACGAAAUGGAGUGCCUAUUUAAGUGCCGCAGGAGUCACUCGUGCCUUUCUAUAAACAUAUCCUCCUCUAAAGGAAGAGAUGGAAAGCUUUGGUGUGAGUUGCUGUCUUCUGACAAACACAAAAACGCUGACGAGUUCAAAAGAAACAAGAGUUCGCAUCACUAUUGCAUCAAGCUUUCCUGUACCAACACCCCGUGCAAGAAUGGAGGGACCAGGCAACUAGGGCACGGAGAGUACAGUAUUGAUUCCACCUGCGUUUGUGCAAGGGGUUUCACUGGGAAAUUCUGCGAGGAGAGCGUAACUCUUAGCCUGAAUGGACCCUGGCCAGUUGGUGUAGCCUUCAUAGGUUCCAAUGGUAAGUAUCUCAGUCGUAGUCAUCGAUCGGGAAUUGACUACAUUGAGAUGGCAAAAAGUCAGAAGGAUCCUACCACAAGAUUUCUAACCACGGAGUUCAAAAGCAAGCUGAUGCUUAAGGCAAACAACGGGAAGUAUUUGUCUAGAGUAAGACGUGGAAAUGUCGAUUAUAUCGAGGCUGCCAAGACAUAUCCAGAUAUAUACAGCCAGUUUUCGGUACAUGAUCAACAGGAUGGAACCUACGUACUGCAAGCAGACAAUGGAAAAUAUUUGAGUGUAAUCUAUAGAGGCUCUAGAAACUCUUUCGAGGCAGCGAAGGAUAACAUUGAUUCCUUUUGCAAAUUGAGACGUGAGAUUCAGGAGUAGAAAGGAUUAGUCUCGAACAAUGAUCGCUGUUAAACAUAAUAAUAGCGAUUGUCUUUCAGCCCUCACUAUUUCAAGCUAUAAUUAACCCCUUAGACAACGCGCGUGUGAGGAAGGGAGAAGAUAGCCGGUAAGAGCGUCAGAAAACUGUAGGAAUCACAGGAGA